CCAUUGUUUCUCUGAGCUGCUGUGACUCAGCCCGUCCUCGACAACUACUACUUGUACUUUGUCCUCUGCUCUGCUCUGCUUUGUUCUCUUCUCUUCUGUUCUGUUCUUACUACCUUACACUCUACUACUGCUCGCUACUCACUCACUCCCUCACUCACCUACACAAGAUGGCACCAGCAGCCCUCACUCCAGACCAAUCUGGCACCUCAACUCCUACCGCUACCUCCGCCUCCGCCCUCACGCAGGCCGGCAUCAAACACGCCCUCAAUGGCAAGACCGACUCCUCCUCCUCCAACGGCGAUGCUCUCCGCCCUCUCGAAACCUCCCUCAUGACCUUCAACUACACCACCUCGCCCCGCCCCGUCCCCUCUCUCGACUCGGCCGAGUUCAUCGCUCAAAAGACUUGCACAGACCACAUGGUCUCCGCCCGCUGGACGGUCGAACACGGUUGGGACGCCCCGGAACUCAAACCCUACGGACCUCUCCCCAUCUGGCCCUCUGCCAGCGUCCUCCACUACGCAACCGAAUGCUUCGAAGGCCUGAAACUGUACCGCGGCUACGAUGGCAAGCUGCGACUCUUCCGUCCCAACCGCAACUGCGCAAGAAUGCGAAAAUCCGCCGCCAGAAUCGCUCUUCCCGAUUUCGACCCCGCAGAGCUAGAAAAGAUGAUUGUGACCCUGUGUGCGACAGAUGGGGAUAAAUGGCUGCCUGCAGAGCGCGCCGGACAUUUCCUCUACGUGCGCCCCACCAUGAUUGGCACCGAUCAGGCAUUGGGCGUACAGAGGCCGCGAGAAGCGUUGCUUUACGUGAUCAUUGCCUGCUUCCCCGACAUGAGCAAGAGUAUCCCUCCGGCGUUGAACGGCGGCGUGGCCGAGGAGAAGAAGGAACGUGCGGGUCUGAAGUUGUUGGCGAGUAACGAGGACACGAUCCGUGCAUGGCCCGGAGGAUUUGGAUAUGCCAAGUUAGGAGCCAAUUACGGUCCUUCGCUGGUAGCACAGGGUGAAGCCCGUUCGCGGGGGUUCGAUCAAGUGUUGUGGUUGUUUGGAAAAGAGUGCUAUGUCACAGAAGCCGGCGCCUCAAACUUCUUCCUCGUCUGGAGAUCCAAGGAAUCAGGGAAACUGCAACUCGUUACGGCCCCGUUAGAGGAACGCAUCAUUCUCGAAGGUGUGACUCGCGCCUCUAUUCUCGAAUUGGGCAAGACUCGCUUAAACAAGCCCGUGGGCGAGUUGGAAGAAUUGGAAGUCGUCGAGCAGAGAUUUACUAUGGACGACAUCCUCUCCGCCGCAAACGAAGGCCGACUCGUCGAAGUGUUUGCUGCAGGCACAGCCUUCUUCGUAGCACCCGUAGGUUUAAUCCACUUCCGCAACCAGGAUCUGGAAAUCCCCUUGGCUGAGGGUGAUACGGGUGUGUAUGCGAAGUUGAUUAAGAGCUGGUUGGUAAGUAUCAUGUAUGGAAAGGAGGAGCACGAGUGGGGUGUUCUCGUCAAGUAGACAUAAAAAGAGAGAGAGGGGGAAAAAGGAAAAGGAAAAGGUAAAGGAGAGAGAGGAGAGAUAAAAAAAAAAGCUAGCACGAUAUCUGCAUUUUUGAGGCGGAGUUAUACGGUCGGCUUUCUUCUAUAGAUUCUAGGCUCGGGCUAGAUAGAAGCG